AUUCCCCUCUCCACCCAGACCUCACUCCACGAAGGCUCCCCUUCCAGACGUUGGUGAGCUCGCCUCGCCGUCGCCACGUCUCCCAUACCAGAGCAUAUCUGAAGCAGAGAAAAGUUGAAGGAGAGUAGGAGCGGAUCGGAAGCAGGCCAGCAGAAGCAGCGAUUCAAGUAGAAGCAGAUUCACGACCAGUCCGUGCGGCCGGAGAAGAAGCAGCAAUGACCAAGAAAAAGCUGAAGGUUGAUGCUGUUGUAUCCUCUCGUGAGAGGACCGUGACUUGGGCUGAUGAUCAGAAAAAAUACAUGCUUGAUUGGUACAUCGACUACUUGAAAGAUCAACAUGUAGGAUUUAAGUUCAAGAAGCAACAUCAUUUGUUAUGUGCUGAUGCAUUAAAUAAGAAGUUUGCAAUGGGGGUGACCGUGGAUCAAGUGGACCGUCAGUAUAGGCACUAUAAAGAAAAUUGGAAGAUCAUUGCAGCAGCAUUGAGCAAAAGUGGAAAUUCAUUUGACCACACUAGAUGCAUUGUGAUUAUUUCAGAAUCUGAAAAGGCGACCCUAUGUGACAGAGCACGACGCCUACUCACUAAGCCCAUCAAAUUCUAUGAAGAGAUGCAGGAACUAUUCACUGGAUCUAGUGCUGAUGGUUCAUUAGCUAUGGAUCAGAAUACAUGUAUGGAUGUUAGUGAUGAUUCUGAUAGUGAUUCGAGGGAGAUGCGUGACCUCAAUGGCUAUACGCCGCCUGAAGAUCCACUUGGUGAUGAUUCAGACACAAUACCAACUCCUAUCACAAAUGCAACCGGUGAUAACAACUACCCUUCCAACUAUACUCGAUCUGGUAUUAAACGUUCACGAGGCAACCCUAUGUGUACUCUAUCAACUAAGAAGGCAGCAAAGUACAAGAGUCGUCUUGUAGAGUCCAAUGAUGAAAUCACAGCUACGAUGAAAUCACUUCGGGACACACUUGUUGCCACUGCUCCUCCUCACAUAUCACAGCUUGUCGAUCCACAUGCAACUUUGUGGCAGAGACUAGAGACUAUCCCAUUGACACCUGAUCAGAGAAUUAUAGUUGGUGAGCAUUUGUCUUCUAAGGAGAAUGAAGUUAAGCGUAGCUGGUUGUGCAAUGCAAGUGAUGAUACUUUGCAUGCAUGGGUCUUCAAGUUCUUAUGCGAUAAGGAAGGCUUAAAUCUGUGACUCUACAAGUUGCUGGCAAGCUCAUUUUGUCUAUGUGUGCUAUUCACAUAACGACUAGAACAUGUUUAGUGACAAUACUAAUUUUGUUGCUUGCUAGUUGAACAGAGCCUGAUAAGUUGUUGUUAGUAAUCUGGUCGAACUUGGCUUUUGUCAUGAAUGUUAUGCACUACUGAAGUGAAUGGUCUAA